CGGGCUCCUUAAAAUCAUCUUAGAAAAUCUUAAACAAUCCAUCAUACGACUUCUGGGACCUAUAUCUUACAUUUACAUUGAACAAUUAUUUUAUUCAGGCGUGACUGAACCACGUAAAUUGAAUGUUACCACCGACGAGAUGCCUUCUCUGAGGUCAUCUGCUUCAUUAAGCUCAGCAAUUGCCGAUAUUCCAAGCGGCGUCGAGGGCUUCACUUUGGACAUUGAUGGGCACUUGUUGGAGAUCUCAUCGAACGGAGAUUCAGCAACGAAGAUUAUCUUCGCUGAACUAGAAACGGGAGUAAUGCUGAAAAUAUCACUGAAGCAGCUGUGGGAAGUGAUGAAGAGUUGCGCCAAAGUAGAUGGUGAGCUACUGGGUGCGGUUGACGAGUACAAAGCUCCCCUUAAUGCAGGUCCGUUGAGUCCCAAACCGAACAGUUACCUUUUCAAGAAGGGUGCUUAUCAUGAGUUCAUAACUAUACGGGUGGGGCAGGCUUGGUGGUCUUUUGAAAGGUUAAAAGAAGGAAUUUUAGUGCAAAGAAGUUGUGAAAAAGAAGAAGUCAUUAGGAAAUCAAUUAAAAUUUACCGAUAUGGAAAAAAUAUCCUGCUGAAAAAUAUACCUUCAAAAAGUCUCGGUUUAAUCAAAAAGCUAAAGACUGUCGAAAAUCUAAUCUCAUCUUUAGAGCUGGUCUUUAAGGUCAUAAUUGGAGAACGGUACCACCUAAGAGAAAGAAACUGCCAGCAUUUCGUAGCAAGGGUUCUUCGAAAGUUGGGUUUCAAGUGGAAUAUGAGUAUACUUGGAUCAUUUCUGGAUCAAUUUAUCAAUAAUUUAAAAAUAAAACAGAUCAGUAGUAGAUAGGCUCGCCAAUUUUCAGGUGGACUUGCAUGUAGCGACCAGUUUUCCCGCAGAAAUGAUCAUCAGACGCUCUUCAGAAAACGCCGAAAAUAUUCUCCAUAUCUUUAUUCAAAACAUUUAUAAAACGAGCUCCAUCAUCAAUUCAAAAUCUUUCAAGAUUACAAGUAAAUUCAACAGAAAGACUAUAUUUACACAGCAAAGAUUGAAACCAUAAUGCCAAAAAAACGGGAAAAGGAACGUAAAUAUCAAUCGAUUUACCAUUUUAAGCCGAUGAGAACUUUAGGCGUUGGUUUAACACGAUUUCAGUUAAAAAAUCUUAAGCUAUUCGUUGAUCGUAGAAUCUGAAGCACAAGAGUCUUGAACGGACAAACUUACUUUACGGUGAAUCUGAAUUAUCACCCAAUGAAUUAAAGAUUAAGUUUGCGAGUACAAUUGUGUUAGAUUCCGACGAGUUUACGGGUACAGUUGUGUGGGAUUCCGACGAGUUUACGAGUACAGUUGUGUUGGAUUCCGACGAGUUUACGAGUACAGUCAACUAGUUUACGAGUACAGAUGUGCAGCGCAGAGCACAUCAGUGUAUAACUAAGAAAAAGAAUAGGUCACACUUUCCAAAUAAUGACGCAUUUUAUGCACGUAGCACUGAUACGCCCUUAUUCUACGUCAAACUGAGUGAAGGUGACCCAUAAGAGAGCAAAAUUGCAUCAAUAUCUAGACGAGUGGUUCCCAAAG